CCCCCAUCCACCUCCCUUCCUCCUUUCCCAGCUCUCAAUUGGUCUCUUCGCGUUUGGUAGCAGCUUGUUAAGCUACCAUCUAUCACCUGUGUCUUUUUUUAUUACAUCUUAUCCUUUCCUUUCCUGUGUUGUGCGGUUGUCAUAACGAAGAGGUUUCCCACCUCUUUUGCUCAUCAUGCCUCCGCGAAUACAGAACCAGCUCGUUUCCAAUUCCCUUCUUCCCUACCUAUCCUCAACCUCUUCCACCUCUUCCUCUUCAUGUACCUCCGUAUCUAAGCUCCCCACAUCAUGUCCUCAAUCACGGCGGCCCUUCUCCUCCACUAUGGCCUCUCAAACAAGACUGCGUGUCAACAUGUUCAAAUGGCUUGAUACGGACGGUGCCGGGUACAAGUCUCAUGUGCCAGGGGAAACCAACUUCCUGAAGGGUCGGCGAGUUAUCGAUGAGGACCGUAAAAACAUCCGGCCGUUCCCAUUGAACCCGAGCUUCAUCAGCGAGAGGAUCCUAAGCGAGGAGCUGCGGAACACGGUUUACGAUCAGGUUGUGAAUAAGAAGAGGAGUGUACGGACCGUGAGUGUUGAAUUCGGAAUCGACAUGCGGCGAGUAGGUGCUGUGGUGCGGUUAGUUGAGCUGGAGAAGCGAUCGAGACAACAGGGCAAGUCGUUAGCUUUACCAUAUGCUCGUGCUGUGCACGAAAUGGUUCCCUGCACACCCGUUUAUACUGACCCGCAUGAGCGGCGUCUUAACCCUCACGAAUCGAUCAACGAUCUUCCCGUCCACCGGGCUACUGAUGCCCAAAUUUUCUACCCCGUUUCCGAGUCUCGUCAGUUCAACCGUAUGGACGCUGGUCGUGUCUUCUCCGCUGCACCCGCCCUCACCCACGAACAAUCUGCAAAGCAGGUGUCGGACCCUGAUAGUGUUAUCUUUGGCGCUACCAAAAAGCCGGCGCAAAUCGAACGGGUUGGCAAGGGUACCGAGAGACAUCAGGUGUUGCAGCCCGCGGACGUGCGUAUUCCUCACCCGCAUCUCGUGGCCCACGAGCGCCGCCGCGCCAACUUCCCCGAUGAAGUCCGUGAGAACCGUAAAAUCUACGAGAAGCGUCUCAAGGAAAUCGAGGCCGCCGAGAAAGCCAUUCGAGAGAACCAGGCCCGCAACGAUGGCCAAGUUCUUAAGGUUCAACCCGAAUCGUCGCGCUUCGAGUUCCGCUUUAAGGACGUUGUCGUCAGCAAGGAAACCACCGGUACCGAUGGUCGUGGCCACGCUGCCCCUGGCCGGCGGUACGGUGUCCCCAGCUACGACCGUAAGAAGGGCCAGGUCAAGAUUCCCACCAGCGUGGAUGUUUAAACCACCAAACUUCCACCUCCCUGCGUCCCGCAAUCCUCCAUCUUUCAACGACUGCACUGUUAUGCUCAUCAUGUGACCUGAUCGUUUUGAAAGCACACCCAUCUACCUCCCUAUGUACUUGUAUCUUGUUUUCUCUGCUUCUUUACUCCUGUACAGACAUGUGACGAAUGGGUCAAUCAGACAGCGUCGGCUUUUUAUCUUGUAUUUGUAUCUAUCUACCUAUUUCGAGAGACGGGAUUGGAAGAUCACCUGCUCUAUAUCCAUUUUAUAUCAACUAUCACUAUUGAAUAACC